AUGGCCUUUAGAAAGCGCAACGUGGCGCUUGCACGCGCCCCAGCAGGUUCUGACGCGACUGAUGUUCCUUCAAGCCCAACAAGCACCUCACCAGCUGCUACUAUCCCUGGCGUCCGUCCCUCUCCCAUCGAUGGCCGCCCCACCACAUCCACAGGCACACCCUCUCUCGACAGUAUAUUAGCAGGCCACGCUGGCUUACCGCUCGGCAAUUCUAUUCUCAUAGAAGAGAGUGGAACGACAGAUUACGCUGGUGCUCUACUGCGCUUCUAUGCUGCGGAGGGUGUGGUGCAAGGACACAAAGUGCACGUGGUGGGUAUGGGCGAGAUGUGGGGUAGGGAACUACCUGGUAUAACAGAGGAUCGUGGAGAUAGGAGGAAAGAAAGCAAGGAGAGGGCCGAGAAGAUGAAGAUUGCAUGGAGGUAUGAGGGUCUGGGACAGUUUGAGAGUAGUAGAGCGCAGUCGGCUGGCACAACUAAGGACGAGGAGCGGCCACAGGGAAUGUUCGCCGUGCACAAACUACCCGUCUUCCAUGAGAAGGGUGGAGGCGGUGGGGCGGACGACUUGGGCGAGGACAUGGCGUUUACGUUGAGUCGGCGGAAGUUUGUGGUUGCCAAGUUCAGCUUACCGCCGCUGGAGGGCGAUACCGAAGCGCAGGAACAGGCUGUCAGAGAGGCGGCGGGUGGAAGCGCGAUGCCGAAGAAGGCAGAUCUCGAGUUUUAG